ACCACCUCGGAAUUAACUAGCUUCAGGUCGAGAGGUUAAAAGAUGAGGGCGGAAGCAGUAUUGAACGUGACGGCGACGGCGGCGCCGGUGGCUGACGUAGGCCAUUCGAGGUGGCACUCGCCGGUGCCGUACCUGUUCGGUGGGCUGGCAGCCAUGCUGGGGCUCAUCGCCUUCGCUCUCCUCCUCCUCGCUUGCUCGUACUGGAAGCUGUCAAGGCGGCUCGAGGAGGACGUCGCCGGCGACGAGGGGGAGGGAAAGACGGCAUCGGAGGAGGCCGAGCCGCAGCCGCGCUACGAGGAGAAGGUGGUGGUGAUCAUGGCGGGGGAGGAGACUCCGACGUACCUGGCGACGCCUAUUUCAAGCCGAGCGUCGUCAUUUGGCGAUGGAGGAGCCAGGAAGGAUGAAGAGAAGGAUCGCAGGGAGGUGGAACAGUUGAGUAUCCAACAAAGGCAGAGCCAAAACUUGUGUGUGUAGUUCUCGUUUUGAGAAAAAAAAAUAUAUUGUUUGAAUCUUCUUCUUUUU